AAGGUCAUGAAAUUAAAAGGUGAAGGACUUUGACCUAAUUUCAUUCGUAGACUCGAUCUUCAAGCUGUUUGCAUAUUAUCGUAUUGGUGAAAUACGUCUGGCAUUCAAGACUAAGUCUGCGAGAAAAGUUUAUUUUGCAGCAAAGAUGCCUGUGUUAAAGAGUUGCGCUAAUUUCAUCAGAAGAUCGUCAAGUCAUGCCAAAUAUUUUUCUCGACGUUAUUCUGAUCAGGUUGCGGGUUUGAGACGAACUUGUCUCUAUGACUUCCAUGUUGCUCAGGGUGGUAAAAUGGUGCCGUUUGCCGGUUGGGAGAUGCCUGUGCAGUAUAAAGACAGUAUUUCUGCAUCACAUCACCAUGUUCGCAAUUCUGUAGGAAUAUUUGACGUAUCACACAUGUUACAGACGCGAGUCGAUGGUCAAGAUGGCGUUAAAUUUAUAGAAUCUAUGAUCGUGGGUGAUAUCGAGGGGUUAAAGAGUAAUCAAGGAACAUUAACGUUGUUUACGAACGAUAAUGGUGGUAUAAACGAUGAUUUAAUCGUUAAUAAAACAGACGAAGGUUAUUUGUAUAUAGUAUCUAACGCUGGAUGUAUGGAGAAUGAUUAUAACAAUAUGAAGAAUCGUGUAGAAGAAUGUAGAUCACAAGGAAUGAAUGUCCAGCUAGAGAUUAUAAAUAAAGCUUUAAUAGCUGUUCAAGGUCCAUUGAUGACAUCUGUACUUCAACCAGGUUUAGAUUUUGAUCUGAAAACUCUACCAUUUAUGACAAAUCGUGAAGCAAAGAUCUUUGGUAUCCCAGAUUGCCGAGUUACAAGAUGUGGUUACACGGGAGAAGAUGGAGUAGAGAUAUCCGUACCGACCAAUCAGAUUGAAGAUCUGUUAAAUACCCUGUUAUCCUCGUCUAAAGCAGAAGUUAAAAUGAUUGGUCUAGGAGCACGAGAUAGUUUACGAUUGGAGGCUGGAUUAUGUUUAUACGGAUCUGAUAUAGAUGAGAAGACAACUCCUGUAGAAGCUACACUAGCGUGGACUAUAGCUAAAAGAAGGCGUGCUGAAAGGAAUUUUCCUGGAGCCGAAAAAAUCUUAGAUCAGUUGAAAAAUAAACCUUCAAUAAAGCGUGUUGGUUUUAUAUCAUCGGGACCACCAGCUAGGGGUGGUACGGCUAUAUAUGACGAAAGUGGAGAAAAGAAAAUAGGUCAUGUCACAAGCGGUAUUCCUUCUCCAACAUUAAAGACCAAUGUUGCCAUGGGUUACGUAGAUCUGCCAUUUUCUAAGAACGGAACACCAGUUAAAUUUGGAAUUCGUAAAAAUAAAAUUGAUGCAGUUGUAUCGAAGAUGCCUUUUGUUCCAGCUAAGUAUUAUAUACCAAAAUAAAAAAUGGCCUAUUCAGAAAAAUCAACUUUGCUACGAUUAUUUUAAUAAUUUUAUCUAAAAGUGUAAUCUCGAAUAUAUUUUUUUUAUUUACUUACACAGAGAUCUGGGCCAGUUUUAUACAUGUAUUUCCCCAGUAAGUUGGGCCUAUCAAUCUGAUCAAAAUACACAUCUAUAUUCCGUUUCAUUAUUUAUACUUUCGAUGGCCUACGUACACUACAUGAAGAUCUGAUCGGUUGUAGUGGAAGGUCGCGUCAGGGGUCAUACAAAUGGCUUUUGACCCUAUGACGUCGGACAUUGAUUAAUCAAUCAGCGUUGACGUUUCUAGUGGUUUACCCACAGUUCCAUGUGCGUCACGCCAAAAACUUGCUGUAACAGAACGUUACAUUGGCUAAUCCCUCAUAUCAACCAGAACGCUGGUUAUAUAACAACUCUUCCAGAUCCUAGUGUAGUAAAGACAAGUAAAACAGAAUUUUAAACUAUAAAAAAACGAAACGAAAUAUGAUCUGCGUUUUAAUCCGAUUGUUGGGCCUAUUAAACAUGUUCGAGGAGAGACAGUAUAUAAAGAUAUAGUAUAUCAUAAAGAUAAUUAUUUAUAAAAAUAUUGAUAUGUUUAAUUAUUUAUACCAGUGAAGUAUUUGCUCAGCUUUAAGAUUGAAUCUCUCACUGGUAAUGGUGCCAGAAUGAGAAAAUUGUUUAAUAGCUGUUGACUGCCAUGUGUAAUCUCUAUAUUAUAUCAACAGUCAACAGCUGUGCGUUAUCUCUAUAUUAUAUCAACAGUCAACAGCUGUGCGUUAGCUCUAUAUUAUAUCAACAGUCAACAGCUGUGCGUAAUCUCUAUAUUAUAUUGUUACUGAUUGUUAUUGCAUGAUUUAUAUUAAUUUAUAUAUAAUGAAUAAAAUUACAUUUUUACACAA